ACGUGUUCUUGUUGAUGACAGUGUAUACUGUAUAUAUGUACAUGAUGGCUGAAGAGAGUCUACGCAGCCCUACGUUAGUGUAUGUCCUUGUCAACAAGGGAGUCAAGGCAAUGCGUUCCGGGCUCAACAACAUCGCGGACAACAACGAGCGAUUCCGCCUUCCACCUGAAUGUCGAGCAUCAAUAACACUACAUCAAAUCAGGAACAUGGAACGGUCAAAGAAUGCCAGCUCUCACUUCCUGAGCGGCACCUGGUGCAAAGAAGCAGCUUUGAGCGACUUCCAGAAAGGGAGAAAACUGACGCCACUCUUCAUGUGGUACAAGAACCGACUCCUGCCAUUUGGGAGCAACUAUCCAGAUAGAUAUUUUCAAGAAACCAAGAGGUCGGUUGAUGUUAAAUUAAAUAGGAGCACACCGCAAGCAAGCCCAGUCAUGUCAACAGCUGAGACUGAAAUGUGUCCUGUUGAUUCAGAUGUUACAGAAAUUCCACCUGACAUUGUUGAAUCAGAGGAAAGACUGAAAAUGUCAGCAGAAAGUAACUAUCCAUUGGGGUAUAACAAAGAAAUCCAGAGAAGCUCGGCUGAUAACGAACUGAACAGGAGCACACCACAAGCAAUCUCAGUCUUGCCAACGACAGCUGAGGAUACAAUCUUCCCUGGAGGUUCUGAUGUUACAGAAAUUCCACCUGAAAUUGUUGCCCCAGAGGAAAGGUUCCAGAUGCCUGUAGAAAGCUCCCCACCAACACCGUCGGUAAUUACUCCAUCCCUGCAUCUUGAAACCGUGGUUGGAACCAGGAAGAGGCGACCGAGAACACGUGGCACCCAUCUUAACACGGACAAGAAGAUGUGGAUGUCCAAAAAGCCUCGGAAUGAUGAGGUGAUUGAGAUGACAGGUGAUGGAUGCUCGUCUGGCCAGUUAGCCGUUCCCAAGCCAUCACCGUCAACUGGGAAUGUAGAGACAAGCGUACCAAAACCAGCAGGCGAUCUCAUGACACAGGCCUUUGGUUAUGACCCAUCAGUCAAUGCAUUUUGCAACAUCAGCACCCAGGAUCGUCGUCUUGAUGACGUGCAGUUGCCUGUACUUGGGAGGCAGCAAGUCAAAUUUAAGAUGGUCGACGCAGAGGAAUAUUCCGUCCAUGGUCGAGGCGCCUCUGCAACCUUUUUUCAUGCUACUGUGGAUGACACAGCUGUCCUUGUCAAGGAUGGAACUGACUUUAGCCGAUCUGUAGCUGAGGUGAUGACGGAGGGUAAAAUAAUAUCGUCACUCUCUGACACAUGUGUCACGCCACAGCUGUUGGGGGUUCUGGAGCAGGGCUUCCUGGAGAGGGAAUACAGUCUUGUCCUGGAGGACUGCACGGGGUUUAUCUCGCUCCAGGACCUUCUUCAGUCGGGGUACUUUGUGUCCAGGUCUGGUUGGACAAACAUCUGCCUGACCCUGUCUAGCCACCUGAAGACACUCCACAGCCGGCGUGUCCUUCACAACAACAUCUCCUCCGGCAACAUUAUCAUCAACAAGGACACGCUGGAGGUGAAACUGGUCGGCUUCGGCCAGGCGUCCUUCGGGAGGGGAGUCAAACUGCCCAGCACAACCCGCCAUCAUUCUGGACUUGCUCCAGAGGUGAGGCUGGGUUGUGUCACCUCCCCACAGGCAGAUGUUUAUGCCUUAGGCUGUGUCCUGGAGGAGAUCAAAGUGGCUAGUAAUCUAAUGGAGCUCCAUGAUGUGGUUCAAAUGUGCCACCAGGGUCUCCCCAGAAACAGACCUGAGGCACUGGAGAUCCAUGAUCUCAUGCAUACCACAUUUCAUGUACGUUAAUGUUAGAUCACGUUGUGUAUUUUGAAAUG